UCGGGAGAGUUCCUUUGUUAUUGUGCUGGGGAAAACGUGUGCCUGAUAGAUUUGUGCGGCUUGGGGCUGGCUUUGUUUUUUUCCUUUUCAACCUCUAGUUAAAAGACUCUUGAAAUGCCUUACGUUAUGGAGCAGUAAAAAAUUACAGAAUUAACAAAAUCUAAACACCCACUCAGGACUUUUCUAGCAUGUUUAGUCUAAGUAGAUACAUUUUAUUUACAUCGGUUUUCUAGACACUGGGCGAUAAUGUGGUAGUUCCUGUCUUGCGAACAGAUUGAUGCGGAAUUGCUUUGUUCAUGUGAAAAGCCCCAGAGGACCUAUGCAGGGGGGCCUCAAUGGUUGAUCCGGGUAUCUUUUAACUUGUAAAUUCGAACUUUGGGUUUGUUUACCUGUAAGAAUUUGAGAAAAGUAGAGGGAAUUGCGGAUGGGGGUGGUGUAGCGAUUUCUUUUUUCUUUCUGUUUUGCUGGAGCUAAGGAAAGGUGGGAAGGUGAUUUUCUUGUUUCCAGCUACAUAGGUGCUUUGUCCACCUGUAGGGCUUUUUGCAAAUAAGAUCUCGGGUUUUGUGCCAGUGUGUGGGUAGUUUCUUUGUUGUAUUAUCGCAGGAGCUUGAGAACCGUGAAGCCAUCCUGGGGAAAUCCUGAAGAAAGGGAAUGUGUGUGAGCUCUGUGCUUGUCUUUUGCUCCCUCUACCUGAUAAAGUAUAGUUAUUCCUUUUUAAUUUGGAAGAAAGGAAGUGUGUUUCUGGGAACAUGGUAGUCACCUAUUUAAUCUGACGGUCAGCGUGGUGUGUCUUUAGGAACUUUUUCACCUAAUUUAGUGGUGGUGCUUUUUGGUUUGUUUUUCUUUUAGACUGUUUUUUGGCCAAGGUCCUUUGUGUAACUAUUCCAGGUCUCAGUGGCAUAGCGAAGUUGCCUUGUGCCUGAGACUUCUGCCUCCCUUCCUUAUUCUUUCUCAAGAUUAUUGUCUCCUUCCCUAAAUCUCCAGUAAAAUUGCUACAGUGCUUCCUUUUCAAGAGUUUGAAUUAGCCUAAAAUUUGUUCCUGAGGCUGAUAUCUGGUAGUCAUCAAAACUGUAAAUACUGGACUACAGAUAGCUCAGUCUUGUCAGGUUUCUGGUUUGAACCUUGUAUUUGUUACUGGCUGCUUCCCUGUUCACUUCAGCAUGUGAGAGGGAGUUGUCUGCCUACCUGACAUCUAGCCUGGAGAUGCAUGCCAUCACUCAUGAUUUUUGGCUUGCAGAAUUUAGGUAAUGCUUUCUUCAGCUUCCUAAGGGAAGGCAAGUCAAAGAUCUACAGAUGUGUUCCUAGAAGUGUUCUGAGAAAGAAUAAUCAUCUUGGUGCUGUGGUGAAGAAACUAGGAAUUAUUUGGUUUGGGUUGUUUUUUUCUCCAAGGUGGGCUAGCAUAGGAUGCAUGGUGUGGCACACAGUAAAGGGCAGCUCACGUGAUGUUUGAAAGAAAUGCCAAGUUAGAUCAGUGUUUCUAAAUAAAUUACUUCCCACUUCUGAAGGUAAAAUACAUUGUCCUACAUGGUGUAAAUUAAGUUCCCUUGUAUGCAUGUUCUGGUUUCCUCACCUUUCUAGGUUUUUUUUUCCUUUGGCAUUUUUGUGCAUCAGGAUUUCUCUGAUUAGGCCAGGAUCCUGCAUUCUCCAAACUAUAGGAACUCUAUUCAUAAUCACAUCACUACACAGUUAUAUUUUAUUUCCAAGUUUUUUGUAUUAGUACAAUCUUUAUUUGAGCAGAAAUUAGAGCUGUUUCCUAGGUUUUCUGUGGACCAUUAUUUCUGUUGCUUAAAAGCAGUAAAAACUCUUCUGUACAAUUAAAUUUGUAGAUAACUAGCUGUUGCAUUGGACUUUAUUUUCUAUUCAAAAAAUAAAAUAUAUUGUUUGUUAGUUUGGGGAAAUAGUUAAAAGUUGUUAUAUCUCUCAUUGGUCUAGGAUUUUUUUUUCUGGACAAUUGCAUCCUGCUUUCUGAAUCCCUAUCUCAUAAUAACAGUUGAAUUAUUAUGUUCUUUUAUCAUAAUCCCACUUUUAGUAUAUUGAGUUUAUGAGGGUUUUUUUUCAGUUUUAAAUAAAACAAAAGAGGUGUAUAAUGUUCAUUAAUGCACUGGUUGUACUUAAUACUGUGUUUCUUUUGCAUGACAGACAGCCAGAAGAACUCAGGAUGAGUAAAACAAAUAAUUUUGAUGUUCAAAGCACAUUUUGUGUUCUCUGUGGACGGACAGAUGACUGCCCUGAAAAGUAUGGAGAAAAAAGGACCUAUGUGGAAUACAAUCUCACUGUUCAUUAUUACUGUUUGUUGAUGUCAAGUGGCAUUUGGCAGAGGGGUGAAGAAGAUGAAGGUGUAGAUGGAUUUUUAAUCACAGAUAUUAGAAAAGAAGUAAAUAGAGCUGCAAAACUGAAAUGUAAUAUCUGUAAGAAAAAGGGAGCUUCAAUUGGAUGUGUAGCUCCUAAAUGCAAACGAAGUUACCAUUUUCCUUGUGGGCUACAAAGGGAAUGCAUUUUCCAGUUUAUGGAAGACUUCAGAUCUUACUGUUGGGAACAUAGACCAGUCCAAACAUUUACGGAUAAAGAAUCUAGAGAAGCUUCACAGUGCACAAUAUGCCUGGAUUUGGUUGAACAUCUUCCGUUGUACACUGUAUUGAAAAGUCCUUGCUGUAAAAAUGCUUGGUUUCAUCGAGAAUGCUUGCAGUAUCAAGCUUUGAGUGCUGGGAUAUUUUUCUUUAGGUGCACAGUAUGUAAUAACAAGGACAAUUUUCAAAAAGAAAUGUUGAGAAUGGGCAUACACAUUCCGGAAAGGGAUGCAUCUUGGGAACUUGAAGAAAAUGCAUAUCAAGACUUGCUGCAUUGUUAUCAACACUGUGAUGUUAAAAGAUGUCUCUGCAAGAAAGGAAGAGACUAUAAUGAACCUGACAGUAAAUGGGAAAUAAAGCGUUGCCAGUACUGUGGUUCUCGUGGGACUCAUUUGGCCUGUUCAUCUCUGAGGUCAUGGGAGCAAAACUGGGAGUGCAUGGAAUGCAGAAGUAUCUUUGCAAAAUCAGGGAAGUAUAGCAAACGGAAAAAGCGUGCUUUGGCUACUUCUGAAAAGACAAAUGGAACAACUUGUUUGCUGGAAGAGCCACCUCCAAAGUCCCCUCGGCCGUCAUCUGGAUCUCCAUGCAAUUUUCUGCUCCAAUCACCAAAGAUAAUGUGCCAGAACUUGUCACCUUGCUCACACCUAGAAUUUCCAGCAUCCAACAGAGUGACAAUGUCCUUAUCUCCAGUGAUGUCAAACAGGAGCUGGUCCCUGAGGCACAGGCAAUUAAGAAAGCAAAGAUGGGAGGCUUGUAAUAUACUGAAGCAGUUAAAGGUACAAGUUAAAACAAAAACAACAAGACUUAACAUCAACGCAGAAAAUAUUUGGAGUAGUGCUUUAAAAGGAUUUAGGCAGCGCAUUUUUAGUCCUACAAACACUAUUGAAGUAAGUUUCUUAAACUGCAAAAAUAGAUCGAAGACAAAAACUUCUGCUGCAUCAAAACAUCAUUUCUUCCAGUUAUUAAUGCAUCACCUUCAGAAUUCAUCAUUGUUUGAGGGCUCUUCUGGAAAGAAUUUGUCCCUUGAUUUUCAAGCUGUAAAAGAGAAUCUUUAUUUUGAAGCUGGUAAAAUGAUUGCAGUUUGUCUGGUUCAUGGUGGUCCAUCUCCUGGGUUUUUUUCCAAAACACUGUUUGAUUGCCUUGUCUAUGGUCCAGAGAAUGUGAAGCCAGUUUUGGAAGAUGUUGCUGAUGUUGAUGUAGCACAAACAAUAAAAACGAUAAAAUAUGCAAAUAAUGUGUCCAGCCUACAGUCUACACUACAGGACUGUUGUGAAUUCCUUGCUGCUGCUGGAUGUUUAAAACCUGUAACAGCUUUGUGUGAUAAGGACACGCUGGUGAAUGACCUAUUGAUCUAUCAUGUAAUCAAGAGAAUUACUUUACCCUUAGAAAGUUUUAGGCAGGGUUUGAAAACUCUUGGCGUUCUAGAGAAAAUGCAAAUGCACCCGGAUGUAUUCUCUAGCAUAUUGUGCCACAAACCCGAAAGACUUUCAGCAGAAAUUGUUUGUGAUCUCUUUACAAUCCAUUCCUCAUCAGAUGUAAAUAAAGUUGAAGGUGCUGAUUUUUGGAUGGGCUAUUUGCAAGAUGUGGAGAGUGGUGAGUCUGUAGUGACGUUGGAGGAUAUUCUGCUCUUCGUAACAGGCUCCUGUUAUAUACCAUCCAUUGGUUUUGAUCCUGAACCUACGAUUAAAUUUUUGCAUAUAACGUAUCCCAUUGGAAACAGACUUCUUAAUUGCUUAGAGCUUCCCAUAACAAAGACGUAUCAGCAGUUCAAAAAUAAAAUGGAGCUCACCAUCAGGAACACCCUAAGAGUUGAAAAGGAAUAAGUAUUUUUGCUAUUAAACUGAAUGUUGGACACUUGAGUUUUCUGCAGGAACAUCUGCUUUUAAUUCACUCCUGUAUUUUUGGACAACAUGCUUUUAGUAAUUUUCGACCUUUCCCCCAAAAUUAUGCUAAAAAUUACGUUGUGGGGGGAAAGACAAUUUUCAAAUUUAAAAAAAAAACAACUUUAUCUCCUGAAUAAUUUUCCUUUUGACGUUGACUUUAAGAGUCCUCCAUCUCUUGCAGAAGUACUUUAAAUGUCAGCAUUUGCUGUAGACAGAUAUGAAAUGUUACCAUACUCUGUAACAGGUAAAUAUGUGAAUUGUAUCAAAUACUUGGGUAAAUUAUUUAUCAAAAACAAACCAGGUGCGUUUUGAAGACAACUGCUGUAGAGCAUUGUCUUGUGUAAAACUCUGAUGCAGUUCUUCAGUUCCAUUUGUAUUAUCUCAGUAAUUGAUUUGUGUAUUGAUUCAUUUAUGUUCUGAUGGUUCAUAGAAACCUGGGAAAGUUAAAAUACUUUUAGUUUCAUGGUCAUUGUGGCUAGUGCAUUCGAGGUCUGGAGAAAACAUUGGUAAAAUAAUACAGCAUAAGAACAAAAACUGAUUGAACUUGUGUCUCUGUUUUUAAACUAAAUCUUUGACAUUUGCACAUUUCUGCAUUCUACUGUCAUGCAUUACUUUUUAAUUACUGAUAGAGCCAAAAUAGUAAACACCAGAAGUUUGUUGAACAUGCAACAAUAACUGGUCUUUCAAAGUGAAAUACAUUAGUUAGACUUAAUGUUGUUGAGUAUGAAAGAAUAGGAGUUUCUUGCUCAUUAGGACAUGUAAACUUGUCUUCCAUUAAAGUAUAUUCAUACAACCAUGUACUAAAGCUUUUCUUUAAACUAAAGGCAGUCAACCAUCAAGCUUGUUUGGGUCUGAGACUUUUCUAGCUUUUAUUCUAAACUCUUCCAAUUCAGUCGUAGGCGCAUUCUGAGCACUGUAGAAAAUAUAUUUUAGUGCUGCAGUACUUUGUGUAGAUGGCCGGGCCAUUGAGCUGUGAAAGAUAAGUAGUGAAAUUCCUAUGCAGAAACACUUCAAUGUUACUAAUGCUUCAUCUAUGACAGUAAAAGGACAUUGAAAUACAUUCUUUUUAAAUGUAUGCUGCUCUCUGUUUUGAAAUUAUAUUAUUUCCCUCUGUUAGUUUUGACCACUUUGUACUUUGUCCUGAACAUAACUUGUGCUAUAGAUGUAAUACAGAUACAUACGUGUCUGUAUGUAUGCACAUUCUUCAAAAUACUGGGAAGUGAUCAUACACUUUUUUAUUAAUAUAGAUUGAUUUGAAUUGAAAAUAUAAGCAGGAUUGCUUUACAUUUGAAUUCCUUGGCAAGGAAGUACAUCCACAGUAAUUAUAAAUGGAUAGGUGCUUCUGAAAAAAAAUGUAAGAAAGUCUAAGGAAAUCAUUGCAAGUCUUAGAUCAGAUAUUUCUCAUUACUGAAUGCCUAAACAAUCUAAUAUCAUCAGUCUUGUCAUUAUAAAUUUAGGAAUACUAGAAAUUAAGACAGUACUAGCCAUGGUUUUUGCUUGUUAGCCAAAAACAUAUUCAAGUCUCCUUUAAAAUAAACAUGAUCUCUUGGAGAAUGUAAUUUAACUUGUUUAUAUAUAAGCAUUUUCUCAGUGUCUUCUCCAAUAGUACAGUGUUUCUGAUCUUUGCAUAAUUAUGACUCUCAUUCUGCCAAUAAAUUCUUUGUAUUCUUACCCUUCACAAUGGUCUAUUACCAUUAUAAGGAGAGUGGUUUGGCACAAAUAUGUUUACAUAAUAAGGAUUCAUAUUGUAUGUUUGUAUUUUUCAAAUAUGAGUUUCCUGCAGAUAUACUUUAAAAAUGAUUUUAAAAUUAUUUUGUUGCCUAGCUAAAGAUAUGUGUUCUGUAAUGUUAGUCUUCCAGAUUUUACAAAACUGGCAAGCAGAGUGUGAGUAAUUUUAAAGGACAAGGACUUCUGGUGCCUGCAGUGUCAAGAGAAAUUGUUCAGAACCUGGAACAAAAUAAACUGCAUUUUAAAACCUUUGAUGGAGAAAGAAAUAAUAAAAUAAUUUGAAUAUAAGGCUUCAAAACAUUCCUGAAAUUACAAAAAAUAGAGUUUACACUUUUUAUUACUUUUUACUUUUGAACUCAUCAGUUAAAAGGCUUUUAUAUAAAAGGCAGAACCUAACCUAUAUGCCAGGUGUAAAAAGAUGUUAACUUUAUAACGAGCUUUUAUACAAUGCUAUAUUCAAACAAUGAACUUGUAAAAUUUCAUAGUGUGUAAUAUUGCUUUAAAGGGUUUUUCUUGCACAGAAUUUGUUUCCAUUUUCUAAUACUGAUGUGUACCCAUUCAAGACAAGUUGUCUUCUCCUUUUCUGUUGGUUUGAUCAGCUCUAUCUAGACACUCCAAUAUAAUACUUCAUAUAUUCAAGUUGUAUUCCUGAAUGUUGCUAUGGAAAGGAAUUUUCUCAUUUUCAGCAUUUAUCUAUAUAGACCAGUCAUAAAUUUAUUUGAACUGUUCAUUAGAAUUCCAAUGAAUAAGCUAACUUCCAAGCACAGAAUGGCCUCCCUUGUCUCGAAAUUGUAAGAGCAAUUUAUAUAGGUAUAAGAAUAGUAGGUUUUUUACUAUUGUAUGAGAUCACUGAAGUGCAAUAUUAUGGGGUAGUUUUAAUUUUACAUAAAUAUAACCUGAGGCACACCUGGAAAUUAGGGAGGCUGCUUACUUUCAGUAUUUCUGUAACACAGGGAGAAUAAUUGUGUAUGCAUCAGUUGUGUAUUAAAUAUAUUCUUAGAGAAGCUGCAUCUUUUAUAAAAUUUGUCAGUGCCACAAAAGAAGUGUUACAGUACUUUUUUGUGUUUGGCCAAAGAACUUUAUCCCAGUUUCUGCAUCAAACCCUUUGUUUUCAUUUGGAAUCAGCACAUCAAAUAAGCGAUUUUCUAGAGAUAAUUUUUCUACUAAACCAUAAUAUAUUAGUAUUAGUGGGUUUAGUAUGGUCUCCUUAACAAUGCACAUACAUUUAAAAAAAAACCCUCAAAUAUUUUAGCUCUGUUUGAAAGACCAAGGAAUAAGAAAUUUCUGUGACUUGCCUUUUUUUGCCCAUUUAGAGAAUGCUUGCCAGAAAACUGUUAACCUUUUUAACUUAUUUAAGAGUGAAAUAUAGUCCAAAGGAGAAAAAAUUUGUUCAUGCAAAUAUAGAAGUCUAAACCAUUGUGUGCUGCAGAUUUGAUUAUUUUCAUUAAGAUGUUAAGUCCGGGAAUUUGAAAACAUGAGGAUUUUGAGAGUAUUAGUAAAUCCUACUCACAUUCUGCAUAUGCAUUUUGAAAAUAGUAUCAAAAAAUCUGAUUUAAAUUGAAAGAAUUGCAACUUUGAAUCCUACAAAACAUUCAAGUUUAUACUGCAUCUGUUUUAUAUGGUGAAACAUGUUUAAAGCUCAAACUUUACUGUUUCUUACCUAAGGGAAUAUCUAGUUGGACAAAAGAAAAUUAAAAUGCAAAAACUUUUGAAGUGUCAAAUCAUAUGUAUAGAGAAAAUAAUUUUCAAAAUGUUGAUGUUUGUAAAAAACUAAUCUAACGCUCUGAUUUUUGUAUUACAUAAACAAUGUUCAUUUUAAAAUUAUGGUAUUUAGAACGUUAUGCAAAAAAAAUGUAAUUUUGUAAAUUUUUUUAGCUCUAACUUGAACUGCAGGGAUCAGUGCCUGAACUGUUGCAUCUCCAAGCAACGUUUUGCAUGACACAGGUAGCAUCAGUGUUGAAAUAAUAACAACUGUGGGGAGCACCGUGUAUAUGUCCAAAGUGCAAUAAAAGGUUAAAUAUGUA